UUGUUGGCACAUUGUUCUAAGACUGAGCAGCAACUAUGCACACAUAGAGGAGAUUCUGAGGACCCUCAACUAGUUAAGGAUGGGGACAUUUUGCUCGGGGGAGUCUUCUCUUUCCAUGUCAGCUGGAAUGAAAUGCAGACUGCUUAUAUGGAAAAACCUCAGCGCCUGCAGUGCACCAGAGAAUUUCAGUUGGUCCAGGCAAUGCUUUUCACCAUCGAGGAGAUAAAUAACAGCUCCGACCUACUACCGGGCAUUUCUCUGGGCUAUAACAUUUAUGACACUUGUGGAUCCAUUGCUAGAAGUGUUAAAGUGUCGCUGGCCUUGGUUAAUGGUAAUGAAAAUGUGUCUGCAAUUUCUGGGGUAUGUAUAAGACCUGCACAAGUACAGGCUAUAAUGGGAGAGGCUUCAUCAUCUCCAAGCAUGGCUAUAGCUACUAUAAUUGGACCAUUUAAUGUCCCACUGAUAAGCCAGUUUGCCACAUGUGCAUGUCUCAGCGAUAAAUCUAAAUACCCCUCAUUUCUCAGAACAAUACCCAGUGACUACUAUCAGAGCAGAGCACUGGUCCAGUUGGUGAAGCACUUUGGUUGGACUUGGGUUGGAGCUGUUAGAACCAAUGAUGAUUAUGGCAAUAAUGGCAUGGCUACAUUCACAGAAACUGCAGAGCAGUUGGGCAUUUGCCUUGAAUAUUCUCUAACUUUUUUCAGAACGGAUCCACAGGACAAGAUACAAAAGAUAAUUGAAAUUAUAAAAUCUUCAACCACAAAGGUGAUUGUUGCUUUCAUUUCCCAAGCUGACAUGGAUGUUCUCCUACAUGAGCUUUCCAACCACAACUUGACUGGCUAUCAGUGGGUUGGGAGUGAGGCCUGGAUUUUUGAUUUUCAAAGUGCCUUGAGAGAUAAUAAUCACAUCUUAGAUGGAGCUAUAGGCCUUUCCAUCCCCAAAGCACAUGUCACUGGUCUCAAAGAGUUCAUACUUAAUGUGAAACCACUCUAUUUAACAAACAAUGACUUGUUUAUAGAGUUCUGGGAGGCGUUAUUUAACUGCAAGGUCAAGCAGUCAAAUAUAGAUGAAAUCAAGAGGCUAUGCACUGGACAUGAGAAUCUGACUGGAGUGGAAAACAGCUUCACUGACAUGUCACUCAUGCCCAUGUUUAACAAUAUGUAUAAAGGAGUGUAUGCUGUGGCUCAUGCUCUGCACAAAAUUCUAGGUUGCAAUAAAACAUGUAACAACAAGGUGCCACUAGAUCCAUUCAUGAUUUUACAGCAUAUAAAAGGAAUUUACUUCAAAACAAAGGAAGGAGAUGAGGUUUACUUUAAUCAGAAUGGAGAUCCAGCUGCUAAAUAUGAAAUUAUAAACUGGCAGCCAAAAGAAAAUGGCCCUGUGGACUUUGUCACAGUUGGUUUUUAUGAUGCAUCUUUACCUGCAGACAGACAGAUGAAUGUGCAACAGAAGUCUGUAAUUUGGGCUCAGAAUUCGGUGCAGGUACCUGUUUCAGUUUGCAGUGAGAAAUGCCCCCCAGGAACACAUAAGGUUCUCGAGAAAGGAAAACCUGUGUGCUGCUAUGUCUGUAUACGUUGUGCAGAGGGAGAAAUAAGCAACAGCACAGAUUCUGUGACCUGCAUAAGAUGCCCCUCUGAAUUCUGGCCAAAUUUACGAAGAGAUGCCUGCAUAAAAAAGGAGGCUGAGUUUUUGUCACAUCAAGAAAUUAUGGGAGCAUUGCUCACUGCAGGAUCUUUAGUUGGAACAUGUAUGACUGUGGUUGUUGCACUUAUUUUUGUCAGAUACAAAAAAACUCCUCUUGUGAGGGCAAACAAUUCUGAGUUGAGCUUCCUGUUGCUCUUCUCUUUGACCCUGUGUUUCCUCUGCUCUCUGACCUUUAUUGGAGAGCCAUCUGAGUGGUCCUGCAUGCUGCGUCACACAUCAUUUGGCAUCACAUUUGUCCUUUGUAUUUCCUGUGUUCUGGGGAAAACUAUAGUCGUCCUAUUGGCAUUUAAUGCAACACGGCCAGGCAGAAAUGCUAUGAAAUGGUUUGGAACUGCACAACAGAGACUCGGCGUUCUGGGUUUCACACUUAUACAAGUUGUGAUUUGUAUUAUCUGGUUAACCAAUUCACCUCCAUUUCCAUCCAAAAAUUUUAAAGAAUUCAAGGACAAAAUCAUCUUGGAGUGUUCUCUGGGUUCAGCAGUGGGCUUCUGGGUUGUCCUUGGCUACAUAGGAUUUCUCGCAACAUUAUGUUUUAUUUGUGCUUUUCUAGCGCGUAAACUGCCUGACAAUUUCAACGAAGCCAAAUUUAUAACUUUCAGCAUGCUGAUAUUCUGUGCUGUAUGGCUCACUUUUAUCCCAGCGUAUGUCAGCUCUCCUGGGAAGUUUAGUGUUGCUGUAGAAAUCUUUGCUAUUCUUGCCUCCACUUUUGGAAUACUAGUUUGUAUUUUCAUUCCUAAAUGUUAUGUCAUGUUGAUGAAACCAGAAAAAAAUACAAAAAAGAAUAUCAUGGGAAAGGUGGUUUCAAAAUAA